UACGAUGCAUUUGAUGCCCCAUUAAACGCUACUAUUUUUAUUUAUUUUUUUAUUUAUUUUUUUACAAUUGUAGUCUAGCUGCAUAGCGUUUAGUAGCUUGCAGGAGAAAACAUGAGUCGACAUUUUACCACUGUUUUCGGUUUGGCUAUAGUUUUUCUUCCUUUCCUGAGCAGUUCAUGUCCUGCACAAUGCAGCUGCUUCUUCCACAAAUUAAGCGACGGGUCAAAAGCAAGGAGUGUACUUUGCAACAAUCCAGAGAUCACUGGGGUUCCUCCAAACUUUCCCAGAGACACAUCGAAGCUGCGCAUUGAAAAGACGGCAAUCACACGUAUUUCAAGCGACAACUUCCACUACCUCAACAACCUGGAGUUUCUGUGGAUGUCUUUCAAUUCACUGAAUUCACUGAAUGUUGACAGUUUCCGGGGUCUUUACAACCUGGAUGAGCUCCGGCUGGAUGGCAACUCCCUCACCUCCUUCCCCUGGGAGUCUCUGACUGAUAUGCCAAACCUGAGGCUCCUCGACCUACACAACAACAAGAUCUCCACUAUCCCUGCCCAUUCCACUGUGCACAUAAAGAAUCUCACCUAUCUGGACUUAUCCAGCAACUCCCUGGCAACCGUUCCUGCUGACUUUCUCACCAUGUGGCUGAGUGUGAAGCCGUCUCAGGACGCAGAUUCCUCCAAACUAAUUCUCGGUCUCCAUGAUAACCCGUGGCUGUGCGACUGCCGGCUGUACGAUCUGGUCCAGUAUCAGAAAUCCCCGUCAUCACCGGUAGCUCUCAUCGACACCCGGCUGAGGUGCGCCGAUCCGGAGAGCUUGUCGGGGGUUCUUUUCACCGAAGCGGAGCUGCAGAGGUGCCAGGGCCCUCGGGUGCACACGGCCGUGGCUCGUGUACGAAGCUCACUGGGCAACAACGUCCUGCUGCGCUGUGGCACAGUUGGAGUCCCCAUCCCAGAGCUGUCCUGGAGCCGCGCUGAUGGAAAGAAAAUGAACGGCACCAUUCAGGAAGAGAUUUCAAAGGAGGGCAUCAUUUGGUCGAUUCUGAGCGUGCCUGCAGUCGCUUACCGAGACUCUGGGAAAUAUGUGUGCAAAGCAACCAACUUUGUGGGCACUGCAGACGCCAUCAUCUCUUUGGUGAUCACAGAUUCCUUUCGGUCAGAGGAAGCAGGUGGGGGGGUCUCUAAGAAAACCAGAGGGAAGAAACCCAGUGGCAUUGGUAGAGCAGCAUACCAGGAGAAACUUAUUGCCAGAUAUGUUCCUCCAACCAGCACCGCUGCCCUACCCAUCGUCAAACCUCUCAACGGCAAAGGCGUGACUGGGAAGUAUGAGGUCGAAAGCUACAGCAUCUCUGACGGUGCUUCUGAGGGAAGAGGCAAGGCUCCAGACCCUCAGAGACCGGUGCAGGUGGAUGCUCUGAGCAACUUAGCAGCCAAUGCCUCGUCCUUACAGCAAGCUCCCGAGAAAAGGGUAGUGCGUUCGGUGAAGGUGAUUGGCGACACCGACCAUACUGUCUCUCUGAACUGGCGAGCCCCUACAGCCACAAACAUCACAGAAUUCAGUGUCCUAUAUGCUGUAUUUGGUGAGAGAGACAUGCGUAGGGUCAACGUAGGUGCUGGAAAGAACCGAAUCACCAUUGACGGCCUUGUACCAAAGACAAAGUACAUUGCUUGCGUUUGCGUUAAAGGCCUGAUCCCAAAAAAGGAGCAGUGUGUAAUCUUCUCAACAGAUGAGGCGGCCAGUGCCAGUGGCACCCAGAAGCUCAUUAAUGUGGUGGUGAUAACUGUAGCAUGUGUGAUCGCCGUCCCCCUGACACUGAUUGUGUGCUGCGGGGCGCUAAAGAAGCGCUGCCAAAAGCUGCUGGGGCGGCAGUCCAAGGAGAUUCAGGACUCGUACGUCACGUUUGAGACCCUGGGCCCUGGGACCAAACCUAAAGGGAUGGAGGGAGAGUAUCUGACAAGGAUAAAUCCUGACGAAUCCAACAGGUUGCUCUCAGCGAGGUCCAGUGUUGACUCGGAGGCCACAGCCAGGACUGAGGGGCCACCAAAUGAGUACUUCUGCUAAAACCAAACAAAUUCCUCAACCUACAGAGGACGCACUUUGUUUUUUACCAGCCUGUGAUGUAAAUAGAGGAACUGCUGUGCUCAGAGACUCGAAAGACUGAGGACAGUGGUCACUGGUAGCUCAGUCGGCAUUGGAUGAACUACGUUGUUUUACAGCCUUGUGGGAAUAAAAAACACCAUUAAUUUGGUGGACGGG